AUGAAGAUGGGAAAAUACAGCGAAUACUUUAUCGUAUUCGAGAAUAUGCUGAUCUGUAAGACGUGUAACUGGGCGAUUCCGAAGCCGAAAGAUUGCACCACAUCAUCGUUGCGUCACCAUCUGAAAAAGAAACAUCCGGAACUGUACAGUUCGUUCAAGGAUAAGGAUGAACGCACGAAAACCGAAAGAACGCUGGCCGCCGAAAGGGCGGUAGCGUUAGCGCAUGGUCUACAGCGGACCUGUAAAUCCGAACCGGAGACCGGCCCAGGAUCAUCAUCCACUCAACCACAGCAACCGUACGUGAGCAGCUGUCCGCCAAUUCCGCAAACGCAAUUGAACGUGGGAUGGGAUCCGGAUCGAGAUCAUAUGCUCCUUGUGGACAGAGCCAUUACGCAAAUGAUGUGUACGGCUGUGUUGCCGCCAUCGUUCCUGGAUAAUCCCGGAUUCCGGAAUCUAAUUGCCGUCACCGCACCUCGAUUUCGAUUAAAAUCACGGGAAUUCUUCACGACAAGUGCUUUGGGGAAUUUAUACGAGGAAUACUAUUCGAAGAUCAAAACAAUGCUGGAUACGGCCCCAUUCGUAAGCUUUUCCAGUGAUGUUCGGUAUUUGUCGGAAGGAAAAGGUUCGUUGGUGGUGAUCACCGCGUACUUCAUUGACGAUGAUAUGAUGCCUCGUUUUGUGGUUGUGGCCGUGUCUCUUGUUCCUGGAAUUCCAUGCGCUGACGAUGUACGAGCAUUGUUCUCGAAAAUGUUGAAUUUGUAUGACGUCAAGGAAGAGAAACUUCACGUUCAUGUGGAACAUUCACCAACGUCGGAUGCUGCCACCAUGAAUGGCAUCAAACGUGUGAAUGGAUUCGCUUAUAAACUACAAGAGGCGGUUGAAGAUGGCCUGUCGAUGUUGCUGGGUGAAAAUGACGAAUUAUUAGUUCGUCUGAAAGAAAUCUAUCAAAUAUGGUGGAAACAUGAUCCGACGAAGCACAUGCGUGACUGUACCCGACUAUGUCAUCAAAGUAGCCAUGGAAAUCAAAUAAAGAAAAUCGACAUGUGCUGGAAUUGCUUGUAUCAAAUGUUGAGUCGUUUGGAUGAGGAGAAAAACACACUUUCGUUUGUGUUGGUAGAAAAUCCCCACUUCGCUGACAUUAAGGGAACGGAAUGGGAACUCGUGCGAGAGAUCAUCGACUUCCUGAAACCACUGGAUUUCGCCCUGGGUCUCGUCAAACACCGAUUUUUUACACCAAUCUCCGUUGUUAUUCCACUCUACAAAGUAAUAUUACGUCAGUUGAAAGAGGAUAAAACCUGUAUGAAAGCAGUAAAGGAAGCGAUUUGCAAAAAAUUGUCAACACUGAUGGAAGGAUGUGAAUUGCAAGAAGAGUUAUUCCUAGCCACCUAUGUGGAUCCACGAUUCCGUGGUGCCUAUUUUACAGCGGACAAACGACAAGGAUUUUUGGAGAAAAUUGAGGAGAUGGCAUUUCUUCCCGUGUUGAAACCAGUAGAAGUGGUCGAACAACAACGUUUCGAGGAUUUUUCGAAUCCUUUCAUUGCGUUUCGGAAACACGAACCACAAGAGUCGGCAAAUAAUUCGAAGUUAGAAGCGGGCACUAAAGCUUUGGCGGAACUCGAAGACUACCUAUCACAGGAUCCCGCUUUCACUGUGGAUCCAUACGAAUAUUGGCGAAAUGAUGUGAAUUCCGCCAAAUAUCCAUUGAUUAAAAAAUUAGCAUUGAAAUAUCUAUCAGCGCCGGGGAUCUCAAUCGAUUGUCAAUCGAUUUUCUCACAACUCGAAUGUAUUACCAGUGAAUUGCGGAACAACUGGGAAUCGGAGGAUUUGGAAAAGUUGUUAUUUCUUCAUCAUAAUAUUUUGAUCUAUGGAUUCUGA